CGUCAAACUCCUCACAAUCUCCAACCUUGCACCAGCUUUUCUUUUCACUAUCGCUAUUUCAUACCGACUGAACGGAUUGCGGUCUGGGCAAACUGCAGCCUCGUGGUGCGUGAAUGACCUGCGCUGCCAUCGUUCCUUGAGUCACGCCGUGACGUGACCGGCUUCUGCCUCUUCCGGGACAACUCUUCGCUCGGUGCCUCUCAACGGCUCUUGGACUAUCGUCUGCCGACUAUCGCGAGAACCCCCAUGAUCCAGCGCAGAUAGACCUGGUGCUGGUGCCCGCUGGCAACGAUGGCCACGUCCAUUACCGAGGCUCAGGCCGAGCUGAUCAACUCGUUGGCCCCCGACGAUAUCCCACACAAACUGCGAUGCGCCAAUUGCAGCAAGCUGGCCGUCAACGCCCUCCGCCUGCCCUGCUGUGAACAGGCCAUCUGCGAAACCUGCCACUCGAACCUCCCCCAGUCGUGCCCCGUCUGCGAGCACUCUCCGCUAUCGGCAGCGGACUGCAACCCUAACAAGUCUCUCCGAACCACCAUCAGGGUGUUUCUGCGUACAGCGGAGAAGAAGCGAGAAGCCUCUCGGCCAAAGGAAUCCAACGAGUCGGCGCCCCCCACGCCGGUUGAUGCGCCGAAGCCGUCGCUGCCCGACGCCGAUGUCGCUACUCCGAUAGAAGGACCGGCAGAAAAGGCGGCCGAUGCCGCUGAAGAAGGACCUGCGCAAGAAACGGCGCCGCAGAGCGCUGACGAGCCGGCCGCUGGCCACGAGCAGGAGCAGCAGCAGGAAACAGCAGCAGACAACGCGGAAGAGGCGUUGCCACCGAAAGAGCAAUCAGACCUCGCUGAAACCCAGGGUGCCGAAGGCCCAGCUGAUGAGGGCGAUGACGCUACCAAAGGCGAAGAGCAAGACGGCGCGGGCGAAGGCGACGAUGGCGCUGGCCAAGCUGGCAACGACCAAGAACAGUACGGUGGCGAUGCAGCCAAUGGCGGAUUCCAGCAAAACAUGAUGUUCCCCGGCGGCGACUUCAACCAGAUGCAGAUGAUGAUGGCUAUGCAAAAUGGAAUGGGACCCAAUUCCUUUGGCGGGUUUCCUAUGAUGGGCAUGCCGGGGAUGGGCAUGGACCCGAUGCAGAACAUGUACAUGAACGGAGGCUUUCAAGGCAUGGGCAUGAACGGCAUGGGUGGCUUUGGAGGAGGUUUUGGACAAGGCUCCAAUGAGAACUGGAACGGUGCACAGUCAUGGAAUUUCGACCAAAAUAAUUACAAUCAAAAUGGCCCAGGCAUGGGAACUGGUGACUAUGGGAACUUUAACUCAGGAUUCCAGACAGGAUACAAUCAAGGUAAUUAUGGCCACUUCAAUGAUUAUCGUCGCAACAACUACGGCCGAGGCCGAGGCCGUGGCCGCGGAUUCUAUGGGGCCUACGGCCGGGGAGGUUACCAUCAGCACGGCGGUGCCAUGAAUCACUACCAAGACCAGGGCCAGUACCCCCAGUACAACCAAGGACAAGUGGCAGCAGCCUUCCAGGGCCAGGGCGAAGCUGGGCAGCAACCGACGCCCACGGCGGCAGGUGCUCAGGUCGACGAGGGCGCCAACGAAGGCGCAAGCCAGGCCAGGGCAUCAGAGAGCGAAGCUGGCGCCGACACCAUUGACGGGCCCAAGCAAGACGACGUGGACUCUGCAACAUCGCGCGACGUCCCGGGCAACGACGUUUUCUCCGGAGGCCCUGUGCGCCCAUCAACAGCCCAGCCAGACGGACCAGGUGUACAGAACCGAAACGGCGUCGCGGCCAUCCGCUCCAUCCUGUCCGCGCCGGACGCUCCGAUUAAUGCUCCCAAGGGCCCGAAAGCCAUGCGCCAGGGACUGCCCAACACCAGUCUGCUAAACCUGCGAGCACGGGGCUUCCAGAUCGAAGACAGCGGUCUGCCAGUGCAAAAAGCUGCUGCCAUGCCGUCGCAGCAGCCGCCGCAGGGCCCGCCGUCGAAUCCGGCUACUCAACCCGGCUCUAGAAGUAGUACUCCCAACCUGGACAAAUUGCGGGACCGUGAUCUUCAUCGUGAUCGCAGCAGAGAGCAGUUCAGGAGCUACGAUAAGCUUGGCCGAGGUGGUGGGGAAAUCGAGGGGCCCCUUGGCGCUCAGGAGAAGGACCGGGAGCGAGACCGAGAGCGAGUAGACCGUGCCCGAGACCGAGAGCCUGAGCGCUCUGGCUCAAGGCUCAGCAGUAGAAGUCGAAGCCUAGACCGCAGCAGCCGCAGUCCGAGCCGCAGUCGGGGUCAUAGGAGCUCGCACAGACGACAGCGGCGUCAGCGCUCUGAGUCUGUAGGCGAGGAGGACAAGGACGACUCUUACCGCCGCAGGAAGCACCGGAGCAGCAGGAGACACUACUACGACGACGAUGACGAGCAGCCGCCUUCGCAACGAGCCAAAGACGACAAAGCAGCCGAGAGGUCCAGAUCGGCCUCGCCCGAUGACGCUAAACGCUCAAGCCACCGCAGCCGCAAGGACAAGGACAAGGAACGAGACUACGAGCGGCGCAAGGACAAGUACAGAGAGGAAGAGGACGACCAUCCGAAAUCCGGCGGCCACCGCUCUUCACACCGGGACCGGGGAGACUACGAGCAUUCAUCGUCGAGGCGUCACGACAAGGAGCGAGAGCGUGACAAGGAUAGCAGCAGUAGCCGCAAGGAUAAGGAUCGCAAGGACCGAUAUCGCGAUCGUGAUCGUGAUCGCGAUCGCGUUCGAGACCGAGACAGAGACCGAGAUCGAGAACGUGAUCGAGACAGAGGCAGAGACUACAGCAGCCGGCACGGCAGCGGCAGCAGGAAGCAUUCGGCCGAUGGCAACGCCACCCCAGGCGGCGACAAGAGUUUCGAUCCGCCCACGGGCCCGCGUGGCUCCCGUGCUGCCGGGAGCAGCUCGUCCGCCGCGCAGAAAGACGUGCACACUCUGGAACGCGAAGCGCGCAACCGUGAGCGUCUGCUCAAGGAAGCCCAGCGCAUGGCCGGGCUCGCAGGCCUGGCCGGCUCGAAGCGCAGCCGAGACGACGCCGACGAUGGGGGUCGCAAGGGACGGCGCAGCAGGCGCAGCGACGCGGUCGACGGAGACGGCGAGGAGCGGCUGCGGAGGCUCGAGGCCGAGAGGGAGGGGGGACGCUGGGGCUAGCAGCCCUUUUUGACGGAGCAGAAACAGACCAACUCGGGACGGUAUGAGCGGCAUCCAGGCCAGGAGAAUCGCGAGGAUGGCGGCUCGGCGCAGCACGUCGGUGAGACGGGUGCAGCAGGGCGGCGAGCCAUGAAGUUUCUGGACAGCCUGCGCUGAACGACUAUGGACGAGUGGCCUGGUAGGAAUCGUCGAGCGGCAGUGGCUUGGGGAGACGAUGAGAGCAUGGAGAGAGACUUGGCUGGACUGAUUGAUUGGUCUGACUGAUAUGAUGGGGUGAAACUUGCCUCGUCCAAGUACAGCUUGGGG